CCUCCUUCUUCCUUCCUUUCCUCUCUUUCGUUCGUUUUGAUCACAAAAGCAGAAUGACGCGCACUGCUGCCGCUCUUUUGCUCGUCCUCGCCUGCGCAACCGCCGCCGCGCUCGCCAACCCGCUCCACGACGCCUUCUCCGCCCCAGCCGGCUCCGUCCGCGCCGGUGUCUCCAAGGUCGAUGCCACAAUGCCCAUCGGCGUCCCGCUUGGCGGUUACAACCACGGCGAGCGUCGUGUGCCCAACUGGCCGCUGCCCAUCCGCACCAACUACACUUACUGGAUGACCCCGAGCGUUGGCCACCUCGAUCCCACCUGGGCCAAGGCUCUCGUCAUUGACGACGGCAACACCAAGUUCUGCUUUGCCACCAUCGAUGCGAUUGGCUCCGAGGGCGAUCUGCGCAAGAUGGCGUACGACAAUGCAGUUUCCCGCGGAUUCACCGUUCCCUACGGCCAGUUCAUCCUCUCGGCCAGCCACACGCACUCGGGCCCUGCUGGCAUCUCAUCCUCGUUCCUGUUCGAAGCCGCUCCGGCCAUGGACCUCAAGGUCGCUGCUCUCCAGGAGCUGAUGGCCAGCCACAUUGCCGACGCCCUGGUUCAAGCAGAGCAAAACCUUGCUCCCGCUCAAUUUGGCAUUGGCGUUGGACAGCUCGUCGGCGUCACUCGUAACCGCCGCGCCAACAUCAGCCCUUACGUGACCCCGACUUCGAUCGAUCCCAACCUUGGUGUCGUUCGUGUCGACGACCAGAACGGCAAGCCGAUCGCCACCGUUUUCAACUAUGCCAUGCACGGCACUUGCUACGGCCCCAGCAACAUGAACUCAUCCGGCGAUAUUCCCGGAGCCAGCUGCAAUGCUGUCGAACAGGCUAUCGGCGGCGUGGCGCUUUUCGUGAAUGCCGAUGCCGGCGACAUUGAUCCAACUGGCGAGUCCUGCCAAAACUUUGCCGGUGCCGUCACCAUUGCUCAGGCCGUCAAGUCCACCCGUGACUCGAUUGUGACCGCCACCAACAUUACCAUCGCCGCUGCCUAUGCUGAAGUCAACUUUGGCGACACCGACAUGAACAUUACCCUUGCGCGCUUUGAGAACUGCACCUCGGGCGGCGAACUUGACAUUUGCACCAUUUGCGCCGUGAUUGGCUGCGAGUACAACGCCCACCUCGGCCCGUUCUACAUCGAGACAGUGCCUGCGUUCGCCGGCGUUCGCUUCACUGUCAACAACGUCCACACCCUGCUCGCCACUCUGCCUGGCGAACCCCUGCUCGAGCUCGGCUGGCAAGUGCGCAACGACAGCGCGGCACUUGGAUUUGACCAAAUGAUUCUUGCCGGCUACACCAACAACCACAUGGGCUACUUCUGCACUCCCAACGAAUACGUCAUUGGCGGCUACGAGUCGCAGCUGACGCUCUGGGGCAUUGACACUGCAGAGAAGAUUCGCGCCAGCGUCAAGCAAGUCGCCGCCCAAGUUGCGCCGUAAACAACAACAACAACAGCAACCACCAAUCAUUGUUCAUGGCUGAUUGUACUUGAUAGCGAGCUGUGUUUGUUUUACGUUGCUUUUUUGUUGUUGGGCAAUCACGCUGAGAUUGUGCAAUGUUGGUUCAGUACACGGCUGUCUCUUUUGGUUUUUACGACUUUUGACUUUUGGAAAUUUUCAGCAUUCGCG